ACUAUGACAUUUGUGUAUUCAUAACCUCAAAACGUGUAGUGCGGAUAUCUAAUAUUUUAUUUUGGAGUGAACAUUUAACAGUUUUGUAUCGGAAUUUCACACUGCGCGAGCAGUGAAGUUACCUUCGAGUUUCGAAUGAGUGCACGCUACUUCUACCUGCAGAUUGACGUGAUUGGAGAUAAGGUUGAGCCCCUAGAGGUGCGGCAGACUAUACAGGCAGCCUGCGGGGAAGUGUUUGGAGAGUGUGGUUCUGUGCUGCCUUUGGACGUGCUGACUGUGCAGCGCUCACACACAGGUGGACGUGCGUUAGUGCGAGUCCCGGCGCGUCACCUCGUCCGCGCGCGCGCCGCGCUCCUGCUCGCCGCGCCGACCCUCCGCGUCGCCCGCCAGGCCGCCUCGCUGCAGGCCUUGAUAUAACACACAUCACACUACAGGUCCAUCAUGUCGAUAUCGCGCAUCUCGAGCGGGCCGGGCGGCAAGGACGUGCUGCUGAUCGCGUCCCCGGCCGCGCUCUCAGAGCCCUCGCGCGUCGCGCUGCCCGAGCCCGCGCCCGCCGCCGCCGCCGGCCUCAUCCUGCCCGACGGCUCCAUCAACUGGGGCUGUCCCUGUCUCGGCGGCAUGGCCACCGGGCCCUGCGCGCAGCCCUUCCGGGACGCCUUCUCCUGCUUCCACUACAGCGAGGCGGAGCCGAAGGGCAGCGACUGCUACGAGAAGUUCAGCGAGAUGCAGGCGUGCAUGGGCAACUACCCCGAGCUGUACGGUCGCGACGACGACGAGGACGAGCCGGUCCUGCCCGGGACCGGGACCGCCCCCGGGGGGGACCGGUCGGUCCUGCCCGGGACCGGACCCGCCCCCGGGGAGGACCGGGCGCCCGUCGCCGCCGACGAGCCCGACGCUAAGGAACUCGCCAAGCCCUAACGAGCCACACGACACUACAAUGCUUCUAAAUAUACAGACCUACGUCUAAACAGUUGGCUGAUCAUUCGUAAACAUUGUGACGUGCUAAAGUAUGUCAAGUCAGUUACCUAGAGUCCAUUUGAGCCAAUUCCACCGACUUCGUUGCGACAAACUAUGACAUUGCCAUAAAGACGACAGAUUUUGAUAGGAAUUAGACUCUUAAUAAAUAAUCUCUCCUUUACACUUUGUCGCUUGCCGAGUCGCUGCAGACUUAGCGUAGCGUAUGUAGUAUAGGACACUGUAUACUAGAUAUUGUUUUCAGUACUUCGUUUAUUUACCCGCUCCGUUUAUUUAGUUGAACGACCACGCAACAAUUUUGCUUUUUAAUUAUGUUUUGACGGUUUUGACGUGCGGUUGAGAGGAUUCUAAAUAUUAGAAAUAUAAACAUAAUCCUCGACAGAAAAGUUACCAAUGUGUAUAGUUACGUAUAUAACUGAGAUGUUUCAAAGUUGAAUGCGGAAUGACCAGACACCACCUGACGCGUGACGCGUUGACGCCCGUUCCUUAUGAUAUAGUUGUGGUUCUGUUGUAUUGUAUGUGUAUCACACGGUUACCUCGCCACGGUCGCGGUCGCGCGUGAUCGUGUGACCUGAUGACGGCGAGGACAUGAGACCCACGGUGCGAGUGACCAUAUGCAGUGUCAGUGUCGCGACCGAAGGGUGUCGUUAGUUAAACUAGUUAGUUUAGUUCGUGUUCGCUCGAGGGGAGUGACCAAUAUAUUGUUUUUAAAC